AUGCAGCCUUCCUUCCGGUCACAGGAGACCUUGACAUUGCCAUCGUCUUUAACUGGUUAUGGGGACUUCGGGCACCGACUGAACAGCGAAUUCAUCUCCAGUUGCGGAGCCGAAAACGAGACCGCUGUCGACGUAGCUAUCACUAUCACAGUGGAACGUGUCGCACGUUACUUCCAGGACUCAGGGCGCGAGGCGGUCACCAGUGAUGGCUUAUGCCCUUCCGGCGGACCUGGGCCCCGAACGCCAUCUUGGUUCUCCUCGGUCGUGGCCCGGACGAUCUACGAUCAGUACACCGUCGUUCGCUUUGACACUGAACAUGGCUCAGUGACGCUGCGGGACCUUGACCAAGUGGCCAAGAGCCUCUCCAAUAUCGUCCAUAUUAUGCAGCUAAACAAUGGACGUUGGGAAAUACUCGUGUGGAAAGGGUGCAUUACUAAAUUGAAGGGUAAGCUCUACCGAGAGUACCCCGGCUCUUUUUUGGAAGUUGACCAAAAUCCCUGGGACCCUGAUCCCGAGGAUGUGAAAUAUUUUGGACCGGUGCGGGCCAGAAAGUUAUGCCCUGAAUGGUUUCGGGGACGCGCACUACGAGCCAUUCAGGGCGACCGGUAUACUGUCGGACCGUAUUCUGGGUAUAUUCUAUACUGCGUUCUACCCUACAUAGGAGAAAGGAAAGAAGGGACGGCGAGCCCUCGCUCUCGACUCUAG